AUGUUCAUCCAAGACCAACCAGCCCAGGCAGACCGGUCGCAGGCAGCCCCAAGUUCCACUGCGCAGACCAGUCGGCCCCAAGAACAGCUCACGGUGGUAGACACGGCGACGACAACCGAUCAAGUCACCUAUCCAUCCGGCCUGCUUCUCUGGAUGGUAGUUGCGUCCUGCUGCACCGUCUCUUUUCUCCACGGGCUGGACCUCACCAUUGUUGCCGCAACCGUCCCCAGCCCGACCAACCACUUCAAGACGGUGGCCGACAUUGGGUGGUACUCGUCAGCCUACGCCCUUAUUACGGCCGGCCUCUCCUUCUCCGCAGGAAAAUUGUACAGCAUCCUGCCACUGAAGAGUCUCUUCAUCGCGUCGCUGUGCAUCUUUGAGGCGGGAUCGCUCGUCUGCGCGGCGGCCGCGACGUCGUGGAUGUUCAUCCUUGGUCGUACUGUUGCCGGCAUCGGGUCGGCGGGGCUGGUGUCGGGAUCGUAA